GGACUUGCACUAGUUCCUUACGUCAUCUCUAGUGAACUUGGGACUGUUUCUGAACGCCAGCGGCUGUUCGGCAGCAGCAGCUUCUUAGUUCAAUGCAGCAAGGCAAAUCAACUGCACAACGACAGCGACAGAGACAUUCUGUCGGUGUAGAGAGAAGUUUGUUGGGUAAACUCAUUCAACUGGUUUGGUGUGCAGUAGUCAGCUUUUUCUCAUUGCCACGAAGAUGGUUAAAGAAGUCAAGUGCUCCAGUCUCCGUUAAAAAAACCGGUAGAAGAGACCAUUCUGCUAGUGAGACAACAUCAUCCCAAUCAGCGACGCUUUCUCACGGGCAACGCAGUCUGGUACGCGGUAGGAAGCGCGAUUCGCUUCUGCACCGUGUCAGUUAUGGCCCGUCUGCAGUGUUUACGCCAGAAUCGUCGACGUUGCUGAGUGGCUAUCGCCCGUAUAAAGGCAAUGAUUUGGUAGCAGUCGGACUGAUGACUCUCACCGGUCACUUGGUCGUGUCAGUCGGAAAAGAUGGAGGAAUAUUGAAAGAUCCUGUUGUUUCUUUCUACGCUCCAAGACAGUCUCAUCACGCUCUGGUGCAAGCUGUCAGGUCAAUGAUGGGAGUGACUUGUAGUCUGAAGAGUCGUGAUUUGUCUCUGACUGCGUUGGGCUUUGAAGUAAUGACUUGUCGACCAUUUCAGGACAAGUCUUUAUCAUAUGAUGCUUUCAUUAACUUGGUGACGGCUGUUGGGUGGCCAGAUACGACUGGCGGGAACGUCCUAGUCAGACCUUGCUGUUCUCGACUCGAGAGAUUGCAAAUUCUACAACGAACUCUUGUAUUGUCUAUGACUCGGGUGCUUGUUAUUGUGAUCAGUCAGCUCGAUCGGAAGCAGUUGAAAUCAGUUUGUCAGAUCAUCAACCAGGCUCAAACAAAAACUGACUCAGAAACAACAAUUCUUAUUUUUCAUGUUAAUUGUUUAUCACAGGAAGUGAAGAAACAAACAGAACUGAUUGAGGGAUGCUUUCCUGAUCGCCAGGCUGCAGCUGUUCAUCAACUUAGUGAUAAGUCGUUGAGUCAGGAUUAUUUGCAAGGGAACAUUCGUCAAGGCAGUCGAUCAGGUGUUUACCAUUGUUAUUGCAAGUCACGAAAAUUUCCUAAUCUUAUGGAGAUUCUAAAGAAGUGUGGAUUAUCAUAUGAAUCGCUAGUGCAGUCUAUGAGCACAACUGGAGACACAGUUCACUCUCUCGUUGCACAGAUAGCAAAACAGGUAGGACUUCGUGUGAUAGAGAAACCACUAGAAACAGGUUAUGACUUGACGAUCACUGGACCUACCGACAAAGGCAGUUUUAUAGAUGUCGACUAAUGGGUAGUUGUGGCUGGCAAUCAUUUUUAAGCCAGUCUAUAGAUGCCGUAUGGUUCAUUCAAGCAGUGAAGUAUAACGUGUGUAUAAUGUAAUGAAAGUCUCCCUUCUUUGCAUUGCUGUCACCGUUGCUUUUUUAGUGUUUGAUAAGUUUUUACUUAAUUGGAUCUAUUUUAUGAAUGGAAGUGUAUGUGUAAUUGAAUAAUCAGGAAUUGCCAAAU